AUGGAGCCGGCUGUGGCCGCUGCCUUGAAGGACUCUUCGCAGUUAGCCAAGCUGAAGGCAGAGCGGGAUCGACUAGAAGAAGUGUUCAGCACGCAGCAAGUGGCUUCAAAAGCUGCUGAGGCGACACUGGCCACAGCAACCGAGGAGCAGGAGCGCUGGCGCCAGCGUGUCUUAGAGUUGCAGAAGCUCCAUGCAGAGCAGGCUGCCGCAAUCGCGGCUGACAGUGAGCGACGGCGUGCUGAGGCAUCGGAGUCCUUGCAGCAGCAGCAUCAGCUCGAAGAUCUUGCGGCUCAGGUCCAGUCGCUUCGCGACGCUUUAUCGCAGGAGGAGCGGAGUGCCAAGACCUCUGUCGCAGAGGCGGUGGCCGCUGUCGAGGAAAGCUUCUCCAAGUGGUGGGGACAGAAGGCGCAGGAGAAGCAGUCGCAGUACGAGGAAUUGCGAGCGCGACGGAAGGCUCAAGAGGCAUACAACUCUUGUUUGAAGAGAAGCUGCGCCGAGCGACGAGCAGCAGUCAGUGCGCUGAAGAGGCGCUGCGCUGUGGCACGCCUAGGCAGAGCUGCUCAAGCUCACCUUCGCCAAUGUCGCGAAGGGCAGGACGUCGAGGCCCUGCAUCAUCUUGAGCGGCUCCGUCGGCGACUCUCCCGAAAGCAGGGCGAACUCGAUGCGGAGGUGGCGCUCCGGGCCGUGGCGCUGAAGAAGGAGCUCGAGGCCGAGGCUGCAAAGGAGGAGGCGGCGCGUGAGGAACGGGACAAAGAGCUCGACCGGCUAACAGACGAGGUCAACACAAUGAAGGAGCGCACUGCCAAGGCCAAAGAACUGCUGAGGCAACACACUCGUCUUCGGGAAGUCACAGGAGCGGCUUCUCCUGGCCGGGAGUCGGAGCGCAUCCGUCGGCUGGCGGAGGCUUCCAGUGCAAAUGCCGUCAUCGAUGCAGCCGAGAGACGGGCAAGGCACGAACGGAUUCUCGAGGCCGUCGGGAGGCAGCCCGCAGGUGACCGGCCCUUCUUGCGGCCUCGCCUGGAGGGCCACAUGCGCUGCAUUGAGGAGCACAUUGCAAGGGCCAAAGACCGUUCUCUCCAGCGUUCGCAAAGCGAAGAUCGUUUGGGAGGACGUGCCCACCUGGUGCUUCGGACGGUAGCGGCCAACUCGCGCUGA